AUGAGUUCGAUGCUGAAGAAAGGCGCGGGUGCCUUCAAGCCCAAGGCACCGAUCGCGAGGAGACGACCUGCCCCUGCCACGACCGCACCGGCCGUAAAUGCUGUUGCUGCUACGGACACACCGACGGGAACGUCACCUGCUCAGGAAACUGGUCCUGAUGCCCUUCGCGACGCUGCCAGUUCACCUACUAUCGUCGAGUCAAGACUUGAGCCGCCGAGCCAACCCACUUUGUCGAACACAUUGUCCGAGAUACCCUCACCAUCUAGCGAGCCGCCUGCUAGUACGACGCGCACCCGAAGAACUAGGAGCCCUGAAGCCAGACGCGACGCAGCCGCGACGAAGGGUCCUCUUGUAGCCGAGGCCCGGGCUUCUGCUAUCCCCACCACCGGCGACAAUACGCACCCCGCUGCCAGCGACACGUCCCAUCCGGAGCCUUUGACUCGGCCGGGCACGAUCUCUUCGGCCACCCCCAGACAGCCGGAUGACGACACUGCUCCUACACAAGAGUCGGUGGAAGCCUCAAGGCCCACUACUGCGCAAGGAGACACAGCGACGGCGACGAAGCCCAAGACCACCCCCCGCAAAGGAGGCCCUUCCGCGCUCAAGCCAGCUCGAUCCACACCCGCAAAGAAGGCCAAAUCUGCCGCCGAGCUCACCGUGCCAUCUCCUGUACCCACUCCAGACGUCGGUUUGACACCAUCUGCAAGCACAUCGGCGGCACCAUCCGUUGACAACGGCGAAGGGUCCUCGACGACCUCCACGGCCAAGACCAGAAAACCAGCGGCAAGGCAAUCUAGGAAACGAAAAGCAACUGCUGCAACAGCAGAGAGCGAGGCAGAUACUGGCACAGAGACCGUGGGUCCGCCCAAAAAGAAGAGAGCGCCACGGAAAAAGAAAGCUGUUACAAAUGGCGAGGAAAGUGCAACCCAAGCGAGCGAUGCCGAGAACGGCGAAGCUGUGGCACCCAAGAAGAGGGCGCCAAGGAAAAAGAAGAUAGCAGGCCCGGUUGGCAACGCUGAGGAUGGGGAUGGAGAAAAUGGACCGACUCCUACCGAGACUGAAGGAGAAGAGACGGAGAGGACCAAAAAGGCCCGACGGCAGCGAUCCGUGACGCCCGAGGAUGCUGAGCAGCAAAAGGUCGACCAUGAGCAGAUGGUCAUGAGCGAGCUGACCAGAGACCUGAGGAUAGGCGCCAAGUUCAGCAAGUACGACGAGCUGCGCGAGAGGAUCCGGAAGAAGCGCGCCCACCAGCGGCUCAUCAAGCUGGGCAAGCUACCGCCAGGCGAGGAGAUGCCGGACGAGACCACAUCAGAGUCUGGGACGCCAGCUUCCGACAGCGCCAAGAAGCCCGCGCCGGCGCUGCCACGGCUGAUAGUAGAGGAGGCGCCCGGUGACUCGGUCCCACAGCUCGAAAUAGUGGAUGGGCACAUCCGGAUCAACGAGGCUUCUAUGCAGUAUGAUAGGCACGCGGCCGCAGACCAGGCGCGUGGCGUGGUGCUCGAGCAGGAGGAAGACGACUUCACAACACCAGUGACGCAGCGGACGUACAUGAGGCGGCAGCCGCAAGGCAACUUCUGGACGGACGCCGAGACGAUCAAGUUCUACCACGGGCUGCGCAUGUUCGGCACGGACUUCAACAUGAUCUCCAAGAUGUUCGGCGGCGCCAAGAACCGCCGGCAAGUCAAGCUCAAGUUCAACCGCGAGGAGAGGGCCAACCCCGUCGCCGUCAACAGGUGCAUCAUCGGAGAGAAGGACGUCCCGAUGGACCUUGAGGCCGUCGAUGGCGCCGACGCGCUUGAGGACUCCAAGGCCAUCACCGACGAGCUGGCCCGCCUCAAGGCGGAGCAGGAGGCCGAGACGCGGAGGCAGGAGGAGGAGGAGGCCGCCUCGAACCGCAGGAAGAAGGACGAGCUCUUCGGCAGGAAGAAGGGCGACAAGGCCUCCCGCGGACUCGACGAGCAGCAGCAGCACAUCGACAACGUCGGCAACGACCCUUUCGGCGGUGCGAACAACCCCGCGGGCGGUGCGGACCUGCACGCUGGCGCCCAGUACGGGGUCGGCACCGACCCAGACGUCAUCGACGAGACGGACCUGCCCUCUGCCGCGCCCACUCGGGGCAGGACGCGCGGAGCGGGCAGAGGCCGCAAGGCGACGCAGGUGUUUGCGGGCGGCAUCGGUGGCUGA